CCGGCAUUGGGGUAUAGUAGCGUUGCCGAAGAAGAGAAAGCCGAGGAGGCAAAGACAAACGCUAACAACUUACCAUCUAUCCUGCAGUGGAUGCGCAAAAGAUCCACCGUGGUAGACUCAUAUUGUAGAUCAAACGAUGUAACAGAGCUAGGUUACCAGGUCCUGCGCGAACACACUCAAGAAGAUCCUUCUUUCAAAGACCAUCCUGCCAAUCAAGAGUAUACUGUUAUAGACAUCAGUUCACAAAGGCGAAGGAACAAGUCACUAAAAAAUAAGAACUCUGAUGAGAAUUCAUCCUCGCGCGACGUGGAAGCCACGAGGUUUUCAAAUUCUUCAGCUAGCACAUCAAAUUAUUCAGUUAGCACAUCGAAUUCGUCAGCUAACACCUGAAAUGCUGAAACAUAACGUUGCAAAGCGUGUUCAUCUGAAGCCCAUGAAGUCCACGCUCGAAUGCCAGCGACACGCCCAUAAUGUCUGAAUCUGUUCCAGUUUGGCUACUGGCAAAUUUAUUAGAAAUUAGUAUCGCGAUCAAUAUAAUAGCGCAACAUCAUCUUAGAAAAAGUCGCAAAGCACUUUCCAUGCACAUAGUCCGUAUGAAAGUAGGUUGCAUGUUCACCUGCUAAGUUGACAGACAAGUGCAACAUACUAUAUACACCAUAUACGGAAAUACUGAAGGGCUCCAUCGUUCCCUCUAUCGAAACAACAUCAGGCACAAAGUAUGCCAGUAUUUUCUUUGCAAGUCUUCAGUACGCUGUAGGACUGAGAUAAUGCCAAGGAAAUAAAUUUAGGAUACCUAAAC